CGUCGAGUUAAUACAGUCAUAGCAACGGGUUCAGUAGCACGACAUGUCGCCGAAGACCCAUUACCAACCGUUAAAUACGUCGCGUUCGUGACUUGUUUCGUAUUUUUUUUUGUUUUUUUUUUCGGACGAAUUAAAAAAACUAAUAUUUAAUAAAUAAGAACGUUAUUUUGUAGUGGUGAUGGUGAUUUGAAAAAAAAAUUUUUUUGUAACUCAGUGAGACUUAAAAUGUGUGAUUAAAAUAAUUAAGUGGGGGAAUUAAUUUUGGAAAAAAGAAAAUCAUGAUGCCUUUGGCACCGACACCUAUAGUAGCGGUACCUUCGAAGCCAAAAAUUGGUUUUUCAAUAGAUUCAAUUGUUGGUGGUGGUGGAAUAAAUCAGUGUAGCCCACAACAUUCACCGGUUCAACAUUUUUCGGAAGGUUCCGGUGGACCUUUGUCGCCAGGAAGUCCCGAUCCGAUUGAAAAUCGUUUAAAUCCACCAUCAUCGUCAUCGCCGAAACUAUAUUCACCACAAAAAUCAUCGUCAUCGCCGGUUUCUUCGCCGAAACCGGGACAACCGAUUAUGGUACCCGGUAUCCCGGCGGCUCAUCAUCCUUUAGUGAGGCCAAAUCCAACUUAUGAUCAUAAUUUAUUACCAAAAAAUGGAGGGUUUCUCCAACCGGAAAUGGUACAUAACCACGGUGGUCAUCCGUUUGCUUUGGCAGCACACUUUCAAGGUGCUGCCAUAGCUGCUGCACUUACUUCCGGUCAACAUGGAUUUCCACAAGUUACAACACCCAUCAGUCAUACACCACCAAGGGAUAGUUAUCCACUGUAUCCAUGGCUUUUAUCAAGACAUGGAAGGAUAUUUCCACAUCGGUUUCCCGGAGGUCCUGAUAUACCUGGAUUUCUUCUACAACCAUUUAGAAAACCAAAGAGGAUUCGAACGGCUUUCAGUCCGUCGCAACUUUUAAAAUUAGAGCACGCGUUCGAAAAAAAUCAUUACGUAGUUGGCGCGGAAAGAAAACAGUUGGCGCAGAGUUUAUCGUUGACGGAAACGCAGGUUAAAGUAUGGUUCCAAAAUCGCAGGACGAAACACAAAAGAAUGCAACAAGAAGAAGAAGCGAAAACGAGUCAAGGCGGAAGUAACAAAAGCGGGAACGGAUCGUCGCAGGGAAAUAAUUCGCAAAUGUCCAAAUGGAAGGAUGAAAGUAACGACGAAAAUCAAUACGAUAGUUAUAUAGACAUGGAAAUGGACGAAGAGUGUGUUAGUGAUGUUGAAAGUGAAACGUAAACUAUUUUUAAAAAAAUAAUUAUGAUAAAUACGUAAAUAAAAGAAAAGAAAAAAAAGGAGAUGCGAA